AUGAAAAUUGUAAUGCCUUCCAUUAUUUCAAAAUUUCAAGGUGCAUUUGUGGAUGAAAGACAAAUUACAGAUGGAAUUCUAAUUGCCUCUGAGUUGAUAGAUGCAAGAGAAAGAUCAAAUAUUCCAGGUUUAAUUUUCAAGGUGGAUCUUCAAAAAGCUUUUGAUAACAUAAAUUGGGGUUUUUUAUACUGCACAAUGUCCAGAUUUGGUUUUGGAAAUUUCUGGAGGAAAUGGAUUCAUUGGUGUAUAUCUAAUGUGAGAUUCUCUAUUUCUUUGAAUGAUUCUUGCUCUGAGUUAUUUAGAAGAACUAAAGGGGUCAGACAAGGAUAUACAUUGUCUCCUUUCCUAUUUAUCUUGGUGGUAGAAGUUCUCUAUUUGAUGCUACAAAAAGCUGCUGGUUUAAAUCUUAUUCAAGGUUUCAAGCCAUCUGCAAAUGAAUUGAAAGUGAAUUUCAAGAAAAGUGCUCUGGUAGCUAUUGAAAAUGCACAAUUUGCUAAUUCUUGUGCCUUAAUUUUUGGAUGUCUAGUAGUGAAAUUUCCCCUAAUCUAUUUAGGAAUUUCUUUAGGCAGCAAAUCCAAGUCAGUUUCAGUUUGGGAGAUUCCUGCUUCUGUGGAAAAACAAAUGGACGGGAUCAUGAGAAGUUUCCUUUGGGGUAAUGGAAAAAGGAGAGGUUGGAUUUCUACAAUGCAUGUUCAAAGUGGCAACAGAUGUUUUUUAUGGAAUGAUAUAUGGAUUGGAGAUCAUACACUUGCUGGCCUUUAUCCUUCUCUUUACAGGUUAACCAGGAAUAAACAUGCUUCAAUUAGAGAUAUGAUACAAGAUAGUGAAAAUGGCCCUGCCUGGGAUUUCAGUUUCACUAGGAACCUCAAAGAAGAUGAAUUACAAAUGGUUGCUGCUUUACUGGGUCAAAUUAAUGCUCUUAUUUUGUCAGAUUCUGGGGAUGACUACCUGUCUUGGAAUCCUGGUAACAAUUUCUCUAUUAAAUCUUGCUAUGAAGCUAUUGAGGUUGCAGGUUUCAUCAUGGAAUCCUAG